UGUUCACUAUUAUUCCCCUGUUUCUCCCCCCCUUCUGCUCUGGAUGUAUUCACAGGGAAGGAGAAGCCCUUCUUCAAAUCAAAGAUGCCUUGAAUUACUCUUCCUCCUAUACCAAUCUGAGCUCGUGGGAAGAGGGAGGAGAUUGCUGUCUCUGGGCCGGCAUUUCCUGCCACAACACAACCCGUCAUGUUGUCAGUCUUGAAAUAUAUGGUGAUGAUGUCUUUCGAAUGGAGGGCGGCGUCAUAUCUGAGAGCUUGUGCACCCUCACUUCUCUUGCAACUAUAACCCUAUAUGGAAUGGGAUUAAAAGGUACCAUUCCUCCGUGCUUGGGAAAUCUCUCCUCGCUUAACUAUUUUGAUGUUUCUAGUAAUUCUUUACGUGGUUCUAUCCCAGAUUCCUUGGGCAAUCUCUCUUUGCUGAAAAUGUUGGAUCUAUCUGGCAACCAACUAAGUGGACGUAUUCCAGAUUUCUUGGGCAAUCUCUCUUGUCUAGAAAUCUUGUAUCUAUUUCACAACCAACUAAAUGGAACUAUCCCAGAUUCCCUGGGCAAACUCUCUUUGCUCAGAUACUUGUCUCUAGCAUACAACCAACUAAAUGGUACUCUUCCCUCCUCAUUUUCAAGGCUCUCUUCACUUGUGGGGUUCUAUGUUUAUGGGAAUGCAUUCAACCAGAGUAUCGCUUCCUCAGUGCUACCCUCUUCACUUGCACAUCUUAGUCUCUCACUAGAUGGCAAACACAUGAUUUCAGAGGCUUUCUUUGACAACCUCAGUAAACUGGAAAUUCUGUACCUGUCGAAUUGUGUACUUAAUAUCAGCACCCGUUGGAUGCCCUCAUUCCAAUUAAUCAAAUUAUUUAUGAGAUCUUGUAAGAUAAAUGGUGAAAUCCCAUUGUGGAUUUCAACUCAAUUCUCAAUUGAAGUGUUGGAAAUAGUUGACAGCAAUCUUGUUGGAGAAAUUCCUUCGUGGUUAUUGGAUAUGGGUCUUCCCUUCAUCAAUCUCACAUCAAAUCAUCUCCAAGGUCGUCUUUUGCUAAAUACAUCAGCUAGAAAUCCAUUGGAAGUCUUGGAUGUGUCUACAAAUGCACUGUCUGGUCAGAUUCCAUCAAUUUGGCCUCCUAAUAUAACAGUGUUGCUGCUCAACGAUAAUUUGCUGACAGGAAACAUUCCUCCAUACUUGCAGGGUAUCUCUUCAUUAGAGAUUGCAAAUUUGGCAAAUAACCAUUUAAAUGGAAUCAUCCCUCCAAGCUUAGCUAAUUGUUCCAAGCUUCAAAAGCUGAAUUUGGAGGAUAAUAAUUUGAAGGGAACAAUUCCUUAUGAGUUUGGUAAGCUUAGUGAACUGAAGGUACUUAUGGUAAAGAACAAUCAUUUAGGUGGAUUAUUCCCUGCCUUCAUAUCAAACUGCACAAAAUUAUAUUUUUUAGAUGUUGGGAGAAACUUCUUGAAAGGCCACAUUCCAAAGUCUAUAAAAAACUUUUCAGUGCUCAAAGUGUUAGCAAUGAGGAAGAAUUAUUUUGAAGGUGGUAUCCCUGCAGAAAUUGGACAGCUGAAGAACUUACAAAUCUUGGACCUUUCUUCAAAUCAACUUUCAGGCUUUAUACCGUGCACCAUUUUUAGUUUACAAGCAAUGAUGAUAGAAACCCAUCCGGAAUUUAGUAAGAUUCGGCUUGUAUUACGACUAGAAUCGUCAAGGAUAGGCUUCACAACUGUGUACACAUAUAAGAAUGGAUUGAAUAUGAAUUCCAAAGGUAGAGAUGAGCACUACACAUAUAUUUUCCCCACCAUGAUGGCCAUUGACCUUUCAAACAAUCAAUUGAAUGGGGAUCUUCCAUCUGAUUUAGGAAAAUUAAAGGGAUUGAAGUUGCUCAAUCUUUCCAUGAACAAUUUCAGUGGUGCUAUUCCAAAUAGCAUUGUACAAUUGACUUGGCUGGAAUCAUUAGACCUUUCUACAAAUCAUUUUUCUGGAAAAAUUCCUCCAGAUCUCGGUUCUCUGAACUACUUGGGAGCCCUUAACUUUUCCAACAAUUAUCUUUCAGGGAGUAUACCACAAGGAGGACAUAUGACAACAUUUCAGGAAUCAUCAUAUUCAAACAAUCCAGAUUUAUGGGAUUGUCCACUUCCAAAGAAAUGUUCCUGGCCAGAAUUUGCUCCUACUCCUCCUCCCAUUUCUACAUCCAUUAAUGAAGAAGAGAAAAGUGACGAAAGUGAGGGUUUUGACAUUAGAGUGGGACUAUCAUAUGUAGCAGGUUUUACAAUAGUGUUGGUAUUUAUUGUGUUGAAAAAGAAGUACUUUGAGAGAGUUGAUUCAAUCUUAAAAAUCUUCUUCCCAUGGUUCCACAAUUUGACAUUGUAAAGUUUAUUUCAU